AUGGCAGGCCAGGCACCGGGGCUCACUCCGCCCAAUCGGUUCAUUACCGACCAUGAUGAGAAAGGGCAGGCCGUCUUCAGCACAACGAUACCAGAGCCUCUUCCGGCGACCGAUCCCGGCAAUGGCGACAAGUUCUAUCUGGGCUACACCACCUCCCAGUAUCCGGUUGAGAUGAGCAGAGGAGCAGACAUCAGCGUCUACUCCCGGUACCUCGAGAAGAACCCCGGCGUCGUCGUCCCCGGAGGCACAGUGCUGCGAAUUGUCGACCUGCGGCCCGGCGGCGAAAGCCCAAUGCAUCGAACGGUGUCACUAGACUAUGGCGUGGUGCUCGAGGGCGAGAUCGAGCUGGUGCUGGAUUCGGGCGAGAUCAGGCUGAUGAGGAGAGGAGACGUCAGCAUCCAGAGAGGCACCAUGCACGCCUGGCGCAACAAGAGCCAGACCGAAUGGGCGAGGAUGCUCUAUGUGCUGCAAGAAGCGCAGCCCCUAGAGGUUGGCGGGAAGAAGCUCGGCGAAGACUAUGGGAAGGGGAUGGAAGGAGUGAAGCCAUCAGGAAACUAG